CGUAUAAUGGAAAUCUGAAGUAAGACUCUUGUUCUCGUGGCUUUUUCUGCUGGACUGUCUCUUUCCUUACAGGAACGGCCCAUCCCUUAGACGGAGAAGCCGUGAACUACAGCCCAUGGGCCAAAUCCACUCCAGUACCUGUUGUUGUGACCACCAUUCCAUGAGCUAAGAAUGUUUUUUCUACUUUUAAAGUGGUUGAAAAAAAUAAAGAAUAAUAUUUUCUGAUAUGUGAAAAUCUCAUGAAACUUAAAUUUCAAAGUCCAUAAAUAAAGUUUUAUCGGGGCCUGGUCCCAUAUUUACAUAUUAGCCACUACAGCUUUCCUGUGAAACAGCCUGAAUGACGCACAGACCCUAAAAUAUUUAUUAUGUGGCCCCUUGUGUGACGUUUACUGACCUUACCUUCGUACGAGUCAGUGUCUGUGUGCCUGUGCAGAACGCCAGGGGCCACUUGGAGACGGUUUGAAUGGAAACACGGAGGAGGCCGCGUUCCGCACACUUUGGGAGCCUGGUACACACCGUGCGGCCGAUGAGGUACCGCGUGAAUUGUUUUGGCGUCCCAGCCUCGACGCAUCGAUGCAGCUGUGUCUGCAACAACAAGGGGCCAUUGUUCAGCUCUGCUGUUGCUGUUUAUGAAUCAGAAGAACAAAAAGUAUCUAUUCCAUCUCCAACGAUCCAUACACGUUCCAUCUCAGUUCUGGCCGUAGCGUCAAAUUCCUCGGGCAGACUGCUAACAGCCCAAAGCCCCAGCCAGACCGAUUACUCAGACCCCUGCUGUUGGACAUCGACAUCCCAUCAGAGCUCUCUGGGGCCUCCUCGCGGACCAGCAGGGCGGAGACGCGGCCAUCUGAGCCAUGCACGGCGAUCCCGUGUCCUCUUCCUGGUCACUGGGCUGGAGACGGGCAGCUGGCUGGGGCCAACGAAGGGGACCGGAGAAGUCUGUGUGUGCAGGAGCACGAUUCCGGGAGCGUUUCCCUCACUUCGAAGCAGUGGUCAUGGGGGAAAUGACCUUGUUCCCCCGGAUGCUGUGAGACCCGGACCAGGGAUCCAGAAUUGCUCCCCCCUUUUGUCUCAAGCCUGAGGGUGAAGUCAGCCCAUGGGAGAGAACAGACACAAGACACUUCAUGGCAGAAAGGCUCGGUGAGUGCGACCAGAGACUGUCUCCUCAGAACUUCUUGUUCCAUUCGAUAAUAAACCGCCUUAAAAAAGAUCCGGUUUCAGCCUCUGGGACUGUAACCGAAGCAUCCCUGGCUCUGCUCCCUUCUCCCCACCCGCCCUCUAAAGCCAGCCUGU